CCGAAACCGGCCUUUAUCUUUAUCCAAAUCACCGCCUCAAAUUUAAACCACAGGACGUAAAUAGCCCAACAUCUGAAGGGUGUUUUCGGGAAACUAAAUUAAUGACGAUCCAGCACCGCACAGAAUAAUAAAUUAAAAGAAAACAAAAAUUCCAAAAUAGAAAAAGAAAACCUCCGACGAUUUCUCGGCCGGAGGUUUAAAUUUCCCGGCGACCGGCGAUAAAGACUGAACGGCCUUUAGACCUCCUUGUUCCCUAUAAAUACCCCUCCCAUCCCCUCACUUUUACGCACAUUCCUCACUCCUUUCCAUCACCAAAGAGAGCAACACGUUGAUAUUCCAAAACUCCAAAAAUUUGCUGCCAAAUUCUGAUAUUUCUCUCACUUAUAAAAAAUUGAAAAAAUUAAAUUAAUAUCGCUUUCUCUCCCUUUAGAUUUGGUGCACUUUUGAAGAAGAUAUUCUUUCUUGCGGUGUUGUGAUUUCGCCUUCUGGAGGUUGAAAUUUUUUGGAAAUACCUCCGGAAUUGGUAUGUUAUCUGCAUUUGUAAACGAGAUAGUUGGCGAUUGGGAGUCAGAUAAAUUUCAAUAUCCGGUUCUAUUUGUAUGCAAUUUCAAGUGAGAUGGGCUCCAAGGGAACGCUACCAUUUGAUCUAAAUGAGCCUCCCGCCGAAGAUGAUGAUAGUGAAGGAGUUGUUUUGUUCCAGCCGCAGAAGGCUGUUCCUUCCUCAAGCUCUCACACUGAUUUAUUUUUGACAUCUUCUGGUACACAAGGGAUUGUAAAUAACAAUGCUUUUGUUCAUGCAUCGUCUGUCUCGGGUUUUCAGCCGUUUAUUAGGCCGAAGAGUGCUCCGGUGUCUGAACACUCUACUGGACGAAAGAGUCCAGAUAAUGCAACCACGAAUACUGCAUCUUCGUCUAAGUCCAGCAGGCCUGAUGAUGUGAAGACAACUGGCCAACAGGUUUAUUCAGCUUCUGCUGAUCCACAAACUAUUGAAAAGGAAGAAGGGGAAUGGUCAGAUGCAGAGGAGUCUGGAGAUAAUUAUCGGAAUAGCACUAAGAAUGAGGAGUCAACUACUACCAGUAAUGGAAAUUUAAAGGAGAAAGAAGUGGCUGGGACGGGAAAUAGUAAUCUUUCUCAAGUUGUCGCCAAGGAGGAUGUCUGUCAGAAAAUUGACGAUGUUAAAUUUGAAAAUGGGGAAAUUGGGUGCUCAGGAUUGGACCAAGAUACAAAUGAUAGGAAGAGCAGUAGUAGUCGUACUUCAGAAGGAAACUCUAUGAAUGGCCAGGAAGAUACUGGGUUGGUACCAAAACAGAAGGAAAUUAAAGGAGUUGAGGCAAGUUAUGCGCAAAAAUGUGCAAAUAAUCCUAUAAAGCGGCCUAGGAUUGACCAACAGAAGGAAGCAAUGCUAGGGAAAAAACGCAGCAGGCAGACCAUGUUUUUAAAUUUGGAAGAUGUAAAACAGGUUGGAAAUGGAAAGGUCUCAACUCCUCGAAGGCAAAAUUUUCCUGCCCCUGUGACAACUCGUACAGUAAAAGAUGGGCGGCUUCCAUCUUCUGAACGCCCGGCUGAUAGGCUCCUCCAGUCAUCUAACAAGGACAUGCAAGUUGAUGCAUCAAGUAAUGAGGGAAAUGGUUUCGUAGAAUCAAAUGAUUCCAGACCAGAGUAUAAUGGCGAGAUCUCAGGACCUCGUCCAAGGAGGCUGAAUAGUUCAGCAGAUUUAGCUGGAGACUCUCAAUCAACAUCUGUGUCUAGACAGAGUUCGUGGAAACAGCCAACAGAUUCAAGGCUGCUUAAAACUUCACAGCUACCUGUCCGGAAACCAGCUUCAAGUAGUUUAAGUGUGGAUCCAAAAAUGGGUGUUAAGAAGCCUCCCACAAAAAAGCUUUCUUCUGUAAGCACUAUGUACCAGGAUACAUCCGUGGAGCGGCUUCUGCGGGAGGUUACAAAUGAAAAGUUUUGGCAGCAUCCAGAGGAAGCGGAACUCCAAUGUGUGCCAGGGCGCUUUGAAUCCGUUGAAGAAUAUAUCAGAGUAUUUGAGCCUUUGCUGUUCGAGGAGUGCCGCGCACAGCUGUAUAGCACUUGGGAAGAAUUGACCGACACAUAUACAGGACAUGUAAAGGUUCGCGUGAAAAAUGUUGAAAGACGAGAAAGAGGAUGGUAUGAUGCAAUACUAGUCCCAGUUUCCGAGUACAAAUGGACUUUCAAGGAGGGUGAUGUUGCUGUUCUUUCCUCUCCUAAGCCUGGAUCGGCAAAUUAUAAGAGAAGUAGUACAUCUGCUGUGGAAGAAGAUGAGGAGGGUGAAAUUAGUGGCCGUGUGGCAGGAACAGUCAGAAGGCACAUCCCUAUUGAUACUCGAGACAGUCAUGGGGCUAUUCUCCAUUUUUAUGUUGGAGAUUCUUAUGAUUCCAAUAGCAAACUUGAUGAUGACCACAUUCUGAAGAAACUACAGCCGAGGGGUGUCUGGUACCUUACUGUUCUUGGAUCUCUUGCUACCACGCAAAGAGAGUAUGUCGCCCUGCACGCUUUUCGACGUCUUAACAUGCAGAUGCAAAAUGCGAUUCUUCAACCUAGUCCAGAUCAGUUUCCUAAGUAUGAAGAGCAGCCCCCUGCAAUGCCUGAAUGCUUCACACCUAACUUUGUUGACCACUUGCAUAGAACCUUUAAUGGGCCCCAGCUAGCAGCAAUUCAAUGGGCUGCAAUGCAUACCGCUGCUGGCACAACUAAUGGGUUGGCAAAGAGACAAGAUCCUUGGCCAUUUACUCUGGUUCAAGGUCCUCCUGGUACAGGCAAGACUCAUACUGUCUGGGGAAUGCUGAAUGUCAUUCAUUUAGUUCAGUAUCAACACUAUUACACGGCAUUGCUCAAAAAGCUGGCUCCUGAAAGCUAUAAGCAGACUAAUGAAAACAAUUUUGAAUCUGCUGCCACUGGUUCAAUUGAUGAAGUUCUCCAGAGUAUGGAUCAGAGCCUCUUCCGAACUCUUCCAAAACUCUGCCCGAAACCUAGAAUGCUUGUCUGUGCUCCUUCCAAUGCUGCAACUGAUGAGUUAUUAUCUAGAGUCCUUGAUCGAGGUUUUAUUGAUGGUGAGAUGAAAGUUUAUCGUCCUGAUGUAGCUCGAGUUGGAGUGGAUUCACAAACACGUGCUGCUCAAGCAGUUUCUGUAGAGCGUAGAACUGAUCAGCUCUUGAAUAAAAGCCGUGAUGAGAUUUAUGGUUGGAUGCACCAGUUAAGGGCUCGUGAAGCUCAGUUGUCACAACAGAUUGCUGCCCUGCAGAGAGAUCUCAAUGUUGCAGCUGCAACUGGUCGUGCACAAGGAUCCGUGGGUGUUGAUCCUGAUAUUUUAAUGGCUAGAGACCAAAAUCGUGAUGCUUUGCUUCAAAACCUUGCAGCGGCAGUUGAGAGUAGAGAUAAAACAUUGGUUGAAAUGUCCCGCCUUCUUAUUUUAGAAGGGAAGUUCCGUGCUGCAAGCAAUUUCAGUUUGGAGGACGCUCGAGCUAAUCUUGAAGCAAGUUUUGCCAAUGAAGCUGAAAUUGUUUUCACCACUGUUUCAAGCAGUGGGCGCAAACUAUUCUCACGUCUUACUCAUGGUUUUGAUAUGGUAGUGAUUGACGAAGCCGCACAAGCCAGUGAAGUAGGAGUACUUCCUCCCCUCUCUCUCGGAGCCGCUCGGUGUGUUCUUGUUGGGGAUCCACAGCAGCUUCCUGCCACAGUAAUCAGCAAGGCAGCUGGGACCUUGAUGUACAGCAGAAGUCUUUUUGAGAGGUUUCAGCAAGCUGGUUGUCCGACAAUGUUGUUAUCUGUUCAAUAUAGGAUGCAUCCGCAAAUCAGGGAUUUUCCCUCUCGGCACUUCUACCAAGGGCGCUUAUCGGAUAGCGAGAGUGUUGCUUGUUUACCUGAUGAGGCCUAUUACAAGGAUCCUAUGCUGAGGCCUUAUUUAUUUUAUGAUAUUACCCAUGGUCGGGAAUCACACCGGGGUGGAUCAGUGUCUUAUCAAAAUAGAGAAGAAGCUCAAUUUUGUUUACGAUUGUACGAGCAUCUGCAGAAAACCACUAAAUCGUUAGGUAUGGGGAAAGUAACUGUCGGCAUUAUCACCCCUUAUAAGUUGCAGCUAAAGUGCCUUCAACGUGAAUUUGAUGAUGUACUUAAUUCAGAAGAAGGAAAAGACAUCUACAUAAAUACUGUGGAUGCUUUCCAAGGUCAAGAGCGUGAUGUCAUUAUUAUGUCGUGUGUUCGUGCUUCGAAUCAUGGAGUGGGUUUUGUUGCAGAUAUCCGCCGAAUGAAUGUUGCUCUAACUCGUGCUCGAAGGGCUCUUUGGGUGAUGGGGAAUGCAAAUGCACUGGUACAAUCUGAUGAUUGGGCUGCUUUAAUAGAUGAUGCCAAAGCUCGGAACUGUUAUGUUGAUAUGGAUACUUUGCCUAAGGAGUUUAUACAAAAAUCUUCUCCAUAUCCUUCAUAUCAGUCAAAGAUCCCGAACAAUAGGGGUUUGAGAACUGGUCACAGGCAUAGGCCUUACGACAUCCAUUUGGAAUCCAGGUCUGGUACCCCAUCAGAAGAUGAUGAGAAAUCAAAUACUUCAAGGAUGCUAAGAAAUGGGAGUUAUCGGUCUUUUAAGCCAAUUGAAGGCUCCUUGGAUGAUAUUGAUCAGUCUGGUGAUAAAUCUCGAGAUGCCUGGCAAUAUGGCAUUCAGAGAAAGCAAAGUUCUGCUGGAGCUGUGGGGAAAAGGGACUAAUAACGCUAGGUCAUCUUUUGCUAGUUUCUGCAUUGCGGAGGAGGCAGAUUGUUUUUGAAACCCUGCUGUUCAUCUCAUAUGCCGUCUUGUGCAUGUGUAUGAUUAGUUGAGAUGGGAUUAUGUGCUGACGGCUUUCAACCAGGAGGCUAUUAUACGGGUCGAUUGUGUGCUAACUGGGCUAUUCCGGCAUAUUUGUUGCUCAGAUCUACAAGGUGUGCUUCUGGUAUUUGCAUUGCAGUUCAUGAAUUGAUAAGAAAAUCCUGAUUUGUGGUCUGAAAUUUCCCGGGAGCCAAUCAUUAUGCUGUUAAAGGACCACCAUAUUACGUGAAAGUGCCUAACAAUUCAUCGUUGGACUAGGAAGCAGCACAACAAACCAAGACAGGUAAUUCCUCUUAUUCUUGAUACAUGGAGGCUUUUUCUGGAAAGGAAUAGCAAAAGAGUGCAUGGGAGGGAAGAGGAAAUGAAAGUCUAAGGUUAUAUCUGGGCGGGGCUGAUGGUGAGACUUGAAAAGAAAUUGGUUUGAACUUGCCGAUCCUCUUUCUUGGAAGGAAGAAAAUACGUGAAGGCUGUAAGAAACAGCAAUGCUACCCAAAGCCUGCAUUUGGGGGGUGUUUUGGCUGAAGAUUAGUCGCUAGAUUUUGGAAAAAAAAUGGUGCUUCCAUUUGUGUAUGGAUGGAGAUGAAAAGAGGCGGAACUUCGUUUUUGUAGAUUUUGAAGAUGCUGUACAGGACACACAAGAUUAUUACACUUGGGACUAUCAUCAUAUAGCUGAAGGCUGAAGUGCCGUUGGGAUGUUUGGGCUUUGUUUCUGUAUAUAUUUCCAGUUAGUUAGUAUUAGUAGCAGUAAGAUUCUUUCAAAGUCACUACAUUUACUCUUGAAUUUCAUAUGUAGAAAAUAUAAUUUUGAUUUCAAUUUAUUUGUUAGUCUUUUAGCUCAUUUCAAAUUUUCAUCAAGUGUGUAUCACAAUUUUUCUCCCUAUCCGGGUUUCUGUUCACCAUUUCUGUGUUAACUUGCACCAUAAAGUAUUGAUCAUGAUCAAUGUAACACCUCUAUUAUGCCAACUGAUUCUUGUUACACUAAUUAGAUUUUUUCUGCCAGCUCCAGUUCUUCCUCCUAGAUUGAUCCACACGUUAGGCGAACGAA